GUGCGCCGCUCGUCCCUAAAACCUCUCAUCCCUAUCCUUCCCCCCUGCGGCCGGAGUCAGACGAUGCCGGGCCAACUCCUUCCCCUCCGCCCGCUCGACUACCCCGGCCCUCGCGGUGCUUCCGUUCUGGGCAGAGCUUUCCCCUUCAAGCUCAAAUACCUGGCUCUCUCAGCCAGGCCUCGCCGCCUGCUCUCCCUUGGUCACGAUUCCGCUGCUGGCCAUCGGAGGACGGGUCUCCUGGUGGAGAGCUCCGGCGCCCCCGGGAAGAGGAAGGCUCUGGUUGAGGAGGACACCCAGGUUGGCGGUUGGUCCGACGACUGGGAGUCCGAGGAGCUGGAACGAGAUGGACGGAGGAGCGGUCGGCCCAAGAGUAGGACUAGGGUGAGGGGUGACGGCGGGAAUACAAAGCCCUUGGUUCGUGAUGCUGCAUCCUCUAAGAGGAGCAGGGACAGCGAUUCUAAGUUCUUGCAGGUAAUCGGUAAUGGAAAGAAAAACCAAAACCCUAGCUUGGAUGAGUCUUUGCUACGGCGUUCAAGAGGACUUCUUAACAAGAAGAGAUCUUUUAGUCAUCUGGAUGAGGUAGAUGAGGAGGAAGAGCGGAAUGUUGAAUGUGACUCCAUAAAUGAUGCUCCUAAUAAUGGUGGUAAGAUAAAACAGGGGAUGUCAGGCAAUGCUUCUGGUGCCGCAGCUUCUCCUGAAAUUGGACGACUAAGUUCAAUUGCUGAAGAUGAAUCUUACUUAAGCCAGACCAGGUUCGAAAAUUGUUCCCUUUCUCCUUUGUCGCUUAAAGGAAUAGAAGCUGCUGGAUACGUGAUGAUGACACAGGUGCAGGAAGCAACGCUUCCCUUGAUCCUUGAAGGCAAAGAUGUUCUUGCAAAGGCAAAGACUGGAACGGGAAAAACUGUUGCAUUUUUGCUUCCUGCAAUCGAGGUUAUUUCCAGAUUACCCCCUCUUAGCCAUGAUAAAAAAAGGCCUUCAAUCAAUGUGCUCGUAAUUUGCCCGACACGAGAACUGGCGUUGCAAGCUGCAGCGGAGGCUAAUAAACUUUUGAAGUAUCAUACUUCGAUUGGUGUGCAAGUGGUAAUAGGUGGCACACGACUCACACAAGAACAGAGACACAUGCAAGCAAAUCCAUGCCAGAUUCUAAUAGCCACGCCUGGAAGACUCAAAGACCAUAUUGAGAACACAACAGGAUUUGUCAGUCGACUAAAUGGAGUGAAAGUUCUUGUUCUUGAUGAAGCAGACCGUCUGCUGGAUAUGGGAUUCCGGAAUGAUAUUGAGAAAAUUAUUGCUACUGUUCCAAAACAGCGGCAAACACUUCUAUUUUCUGCUACUGUACCAAAUGAGGUUCGUCAAAUUUGUCAUAUUGCCUUGAAAAAGGACUACAAAUUUAUCAGCACCGUGGAUGAAGGUAGUGAAGAGACACACUCACAGGUCAAACAGAUGCAUCUGAUUGCUCCGUUGGAUAAGCACUUCUCUAUACUUUACUGUAUCCUGAAGGAACAUAUUUUGGAGGAUGCUGAUUAUAAGGUGAUUGUAUUUUGUACAACUGCAAUGGUGACAAAGCUUGUCGCUGACCUGCUUACUAAGUUGCACCUGAAUGUGCGAGAGAUCCAUUCAAGAAAACCACAAACUUACAGAACCAGAGUCUCCGAAGAGUUCAGGCAGUCAAAAGGUCUCAUACUUGUGAGUUCGGACGUCUCUGCUAGAGGAGUUGAUUACCCAGAUGUUACCCUUGUUAUACAGGUGGGACUCCCUGCUGAUAGAGAACAGUAUAUCCAUCGACUUGGUAGGACAGGCCGGAAAGGUAAAGAAGGAAAAGGUUUGUUGAUUUUGGCACCAUGGGAGAAGUUAUUUUUAGCAAGUGUUCAAGAUUUGCCAAUAACUGAGGCUCCAGUACCUUCUAUGGAUCGAAGCACCAUGAAGGAAGUGGAGCAGGCGCUGCAACUUGUGGAGAUGAAAAACAAAGAAUCAGCAUAUCAAGCAUGGCUUGGUUACUAUAAUUCAAACAAGAAAAUUGGCCGAGACAAGUUGAAACUUGUGGAACUGGCAAGGGAGUUCAGUCAGAGCUUGGGUCUCCGAGAUCCUCCUGCGAUACCAAAGCUUAUCCUGAGGAAGAUGGGCCUUCACAACGUCCCCGGCUUACGUUCCAAGUGACACCAUUUCCAAUUUUUCAUCGUUGUCAUCCUUGCUGCAGCUUCUUCUUUUCAUGUUCCAGUUGAACUUCAAUUACUGCUACACUUGGUGAUGCGCUCAGUUGCAUUAUUGCGUAUCAAAAAGUAGAAUUUGUUGUUGUAAUGACUGCACGUUCAAAUGAAGUAUACGUCUUCGAGAGCCC